CACCGCCGGACCCGUAUCAUCUUCGUGCAGAGGAAUACGAAGAAUGACGCUAAAAGGAUCAGAAUUUAAUUGGAAUACGUAUUGAUAUUUAAUGGUUCUUCUACCCCAUUCGAAUAAUUUCGAGCACCUGCGGAUCGUCGGCUAGUCGGUGCUCAUUAAAGACCUCGGGAAUGGCCGCCUGGAGUGUAUAGUAUCGAUCGAUCUUUUGUUUGGCCUUCUCCAAACUGAACUUGCUGCCCCUCAGGAAGCCCAAGAGGAACUGAUCCGUGAGGCAGGAACAGAGAUGAGGCUGUUUCUGCAGCCAAUCCCGCAGAGCUAUUAUGUCGGAGGAUACUCGAGAUGGCACCUCGUUUAGCUCCUCGAUGGCUAUACGCUGAAGUCCUUCCCGCAAUGGACGAACACCGGAGGACACGUUGAUGUUGCUCAUAUUGCUUCGAGCUUAGUUGCAGACUGGCAACUCUAUGGCUAAUGAAUUGUUCACAAUGCAGUUUAAGCAGUUAACGUGCGUCAGAUCAACCAAGAGAGCCAAGAUGCAAAACAAUCCCAGUCCACAGUUACCAUGCAAGGGCAUUUUAAAGACUUCGCGCAGCUUUGACAAGUCGGGUGCCAGUUUCCGUAAAAGUGCCAAGUUCGAUGAGCUGAAUGUGCUGCAAACGUUUCAUCCGGCUGACAAGGACUACGGCCACAUGAAAAUCGAUGAGCCAAAAACACCGUAUAACUAUCAAGAGCCAUUUAAUGAAAAUAAGGAUGAGUUGGACACCGAACUAUUAGUGGAGAAACUUCGCAUUGCGGCCAGCUCACAACAGUCUUCCCAAAGCAUUGAUGAUGAAGGUUCUUCCGGCGAUGAACAGCCCCUAACCGAAGAGGAGAGACAAAAACGUCGGGAGUUUGAGCGGCGUCGCAAGGCGCAUUAUCGUGAGUUUGAGGCAGUUAAAUUGGCACGCAAGUUAAUAGAAGAGGAGGACGAUGAUGCGGAUGAUAAUGAUGGCGGCGCUGCAUCUGGAUCCGCACAAGGCGCCGCCUCCACUUCCAGCAGCUUUGCCAGCGGUUCGACAAAAAAGUCCAGUCCGAUAGCAACCACAUCCGCGUCUACCAGUGCCACCACAAGCAGCAAUAUGGACCUGGAGUCAUCUCAUAACUAAAAGCAAUAUGUAACUCAAUAUAUACGGGGAUCUAACCGACGUUGUUUGUUGAUGUUAAUGUUGUCCGCAAAUGCGACCCAUCCAAAACUUCAUUUUUUGCUACUAAGUGCUAUCGUGAUGAAUUGAAUUUAGAUAUAAAUACCUAGCGUAUCAGCCCAGGUUCAUAAAAAUAUUUCAAAUGGCAACCGUCGCAAAAUGUGUUUUCCAUCAAAGAAGAAAAAUAAUAAAACUUCUAUUAAAAUUGUAGUUGCAAUAUAUUUUACAUCAAAUGGCACAUUAUAAAUAGUAUAAACAAUUGGUAGCGAUACAAAUAGUUAAUGUUUUCAUCAUUUUACUUUAACUUAAAAAUUAAGUUUAACUGAAUUUAUGUCCAACCCCCAAGCGUAACGCAUUAAUUUGCAUUUAAUUUUCAAUAAGUGGAAAUUUGAUUUCUCAACACGAAUCACACAAAAGUGCCACAAAAAUAUUAAAUAAUAGGAAUCGAUGAUGGAGAUAAUGAAAAAAGCCAUGACGGAAGAAAAGCGUAUGAAAACUUAUAUUUGAAAUUGAUUUGGCCUUACUUUUAGUUAUUUAUUAAACCAACAUGUACUAUUAUAAUUACGAUUACGAUCAUUAUUGUGAAUUGUAUAAUAGUUCAUUUUAACAAUGCAAUACGAAAGUUUCAAUAAAGAGCAAUGUGAAAGCCUUUG